AGGAGCCGAAAGGGCCCGCGGAGGACGGACCCUGGGGAGUGGGAGCCGCAGGGUGCAGAGCGAUGAUACCCCCGCAGGAGGCAUCCGCCCGGCGGCGGGAGAUCGAGGACAAGCUGAAGCAGGAGGAAGAGACGCUGUCCUUCAUCCGAGACAGCCUGGAGAAGAGCGACCAGCUCACCAAGAACAUGGUGUCCAUCCUAUCAUCCUUUGAGAGCCGCCUUAUGAAGCUGGAGAACUCCAUCAUCCCUGUGCACAAACAGACGGAGAAUCUGCAGCGGCUGCAGGAGAAUGUUGAGAAGACACUGUCCUGCCUGGACCAUGUCAUCAGCUACUACCAUGUGGCCAGUGACACUGAGAAAAUCAUCAGGGAGGGCCCCACAGGUAGGCUGGAAGAGUACCUGGGAAGCAUGGCCAAGAUUCAGAAGGCUGUGGAGUAUUUCCAGGACAAUAGCCCAGACAGUCCAGAGCUCAACAAAGUGAAGCUGCUGUUUGAGCGGGGAAAGGACUCACUGGAGUCCGAGUUCCGUAGCCUGAUGACCCGGCACAGUAAGGUCGUCUCCCCUGUGCUCAUCCUGGACCUGAUCAGUGGUGAUGACGAGCUGGAGGUCCAAGAGGAUGUGGCCCUGGAGCACCUGCCCGAGAGCGUGCUCCAGGAUGUGAUCCGCAUCUCCCGCUGGCUAGUGGAAUAUGGCCGCAACCAAGACUUCAUGAAUGUCUACUACCAGAUUCGCUCCAGCCAGCUGGACCGCUCCAUCAAGGGCCUGAAGGAGCAUUUCCGGAAGAGCAGUUCUUCCUCUGGGGUUCCCUACUCCCCUGCCAUCCCCAACAAGAGGAAAGACACACCCACCAAGAAGCCAGUCAAGCGGCCAGGUGCACAGGACGGAAAGCAGAUGUCUACCUGCCAAGCAAGGCACCCACAGGGGACGAUCCGUAAGGCUCAGAACCUUCUGAAACAGUAUUCCCAGCAUGGUCUAGAUGGGAAAAAGGGGGGCUCUAACCUCAUUCCUCUGGAAGGUCACGAGCAUGAUUUCCGAGUUAAGCACCUGUCCGAGGCCCUGAACGACAAGCACGGGCCGCUGGCUGGGAGAGAUGACAUGCUGGAUGUGGAGACCGACGCCUACAUUCACUGCGUCAGUGCCUUUGUCAAGCUAGCCCAGAGCGAGUACCAGCUGCUGACCGACAUCAUCCCUGAGCACCAUCAGAAAAAAACCUUUGACUCCUUGAUCCAGGAUGCGCUGGAUGGGCUGAUGCUGGAGGGAGAGAACAUCGUGGCUGCUGCCCGCAAGGCCAUCAUCCGCCACGACUUCUCCACGGUGCUCACCGUCUUCCCCAUCCUGCGGCACCUCAAACAGACCAAACCUGAGUUUGACCAGGUGCUCCAGGGCACGGCCGCCAGCACCAAGAACAAGCUGCCUGGCCUCAUCACCUCCAUGGAGACCAUUGGAGCCAAAGCGCUGGAGGACUUUGCAGACAACAUCAAGAAUGACCCGGACAAGGAGUACAACAUGCCCAAGGACGGCACCGUUCACGAGCUCACAAGCAACGCCAUCCUCUUCCUGCAGCAGCUUCUGGACUUCCAGGAAACAGCAGGUGCCAUGCUGGCCUCCCAAGUUCUUGGGGACACAUACAAUAUUCCUUUAGACCCCCGAGAGACCAGUUCUUCAGCCACCAGCUACAGCUCCGAGUUCAGCAAGCGACUGCUAAGCACCUAUAUCUGUAAAGUCCUCGGCAACCUGCAAUUAAACUUGCUGAGCAAGUCCAAGGUGUAUGAGGACCCAGCCCUGAGCGCCAUCUUCCUGCACAACAACUACAACUACAUCCUCAAGUCACUGGAGAAGUCUGAGCUGAUCCAGCUGGUGGCUGUAACCCAGAAGACUGCCGAGCGCUCCUACCGGGAGCACAUUGAGCAACAGAUCCAGACCUACCAGCGCAGUUGGUUAAAGGUGACCGAUUACAUCGCAGAGAGGAAUCUACCUGUGUUCCAACCGGGAGUCAAGCUCCGGGACAAGGAGCGACAGAUGAUCAAGGAGCGUUUUAAGGGCUUCAAUGAUGGCCUUGAAGAACUAUGCAAGAUCCAGAAGGCCUGGGCUAUUCCAGACACAGAGCAGAGGGACAAGAUUCGCCAGGCUCAGAAGAACAUUGUCAAGGAGACCUAUGGGGCCUUUCUGCACAGGUACGGCAGCGUGCCCUUCACCAAGAACCCUGAGAAGUACAUCAAGUACCGCGUGGAGCAGGUGGGAGACAUGAUCGAGCGCCUUUUCGACACCUCCGCCUGAGCCUGCUACUAUCUCUGCCUGCUUCAACAGACUAACCAUGUUAUUGGACAGAUAAACCAGUGUUAACUUGCCUUGGGGUCGGUCGAGUUUGCAGUCUUUUGGAAAGAGACCUUUCUUCACUGCCCAGCCGGGAGCCUUGUACCUGAGCCCUCUAGUCCUGGUUUCUGCUUCUUCCUGCAGCCCACGUUCCCCUCCAAGCCAACACUCUCUCAGAACACGGGGGUCCCUUCACACCUUAGGUUUUGUGACCUUGACCACCGCCUGCAGGGGCCACCUGAUGGCUUCCGAAACAGGAAAGAAGGGAAGGAAGGCAGAGACGUGUGCCCACAGCUGCCUCCGGUGGACCAGGAGUGGGGGGCAGAACAAUCCUAUCUCCAGCCUCGCUCGGAGCUGGGGACAGAGAAAUCCCCCUUCAGCCCAGAAAUGUGGGUAGGGCUCAGAAGAGCAGGCACAUCACAGCCACGGGACCUGGACCUCUCAUCACAGCCAGAAGACUCUUGGAUUUAGUGCAGGAAACGCAUUCCCCAUCACCCACAGCCCUGAGAUCUGAGAUGUUCUGCCUCCCAGGAGUGCCCUAGGUGGCGGGGGGCAGGAUUGCUCACUCUCCAUUCCCUCUGGGGUCCAGCAUACUGCAGGAGGCAUUAGGAGGAGGAGUUCUGACCUGCCCUCUGCAGCCUGCCUCUCAGCCCCUGCCUACCAGUCCCAACAUCAGUGCCUCCUGGCCCAGGGCUGAGCAGCAGUGGCUGAGCAGAAGGAGCGUGUGGGCUGGGAGAUGGUGGGCAAUGGUGAGAAGUUCAGGGGCAAAGUGAGGGUCAGGGUGUGAAGUAGGGCCCCACCUACUUAGGACGAGAGUGAACAGCUGAGUUCAAUGAAGACAGACUCUUGAGGUGCAUGCACUUGGGUGAUGGGUUAAUUUCACACUCUUUGCUUGUAUGCUAACAGGAGAGCUCAGGGUGGCUUGGGGUCCUCCAGGGUUAGGGAAGAGAGCUGACCUUCCUCCCCUCUCUCUAGAGACCUGUCAUGAGCCCCCCCCCCCCACCAAGUUUCAGCUACAGGAAACUAAUCGGCAUUCUGAGGUCUGCAGCUCCAGGCCCUGCCCCAUCAUGGCAUGGGCUGCAGCCUGGGAGCAGCCCUGCCAGGGGCAGGGUCAGAUUUGCACGUUUCCCACGUCCAGAUUCCAGCAAAGAUGAACUGGCUGCACACCACCCCCGCCACGUACAUGAGGAAGAAGAUGUGGUCAGCAGCCUCAGCCCAGCUGCUCCUUGACCCCUUAGCUCUUCUGGGGGCUUCUGUGAGGGGAGAUGCAGGGAAAGGAGCUGUUCUUCAGGGCUCCCGAGCAUGCCCAGCAAGAGGGAGAACCCUAGGGGCUGGCAGUCUAUUUCUCCCUUUCUUAGAUUCUCAACUAAUGAAAAUAUGGGUCUGGCCCAUUCUAGGCCAUCUUCAGUUGAAGAAACACCCUCUUAAAGAGCCUCUGCAAGGCAUGGGUUAUCUUGUGGGUGGGGGUUCAGGUCACUUGGGCCCUUAGGGAGGUUAAACUUGCUCCCUGCUUCUUCUAAGGGAGGCCAUGGUGGACUCAGGGACAGUAGAUCCAGCAGAAUGAAUGCAGGGACCCUUUAGACACGCCUAGCGCCCCCUGAGUCCCAGCACCAGCCCUCGGUUUGCAGCCUGCCAGCUCUGCCCCUGCCAAACCUGCUCCUGGGCCUCAUUCCCCACCAGUAAAAGGCCUCAGCCCCUGCCCACCUUCAGGAUUAGGCCCCAGGUUCUCGUAAUCUUGCUGUCCCCCUCUCAGGGCAGGGCUGGGACUAUUCUUGUCCUCAAGGCUGUCCCGGGCUAGCAGCCCUGCCAACAGCACAGUCUCUAUGGUGCUGAGGAAGAGGAGCAGCAGCAGGAUGGUGAAGUAGUAAACUUCAGGGGAUGAGUGGGGACUGGUCAGGGGCCAAGGAGCUGAGCAGGUGUGGGAGGAAUGAAGUGGGCCAGGUGAGGGAGCAAGGCUUACUGAGCAGCGGGUUGCAGGAAGAGCUGGGCAGGGCCUGCACCAGGGAGGAAUGGAAGAUGAGGUAGCCCAGCAGCAGUGUCACCUUGUAGGCAAUGCGCUCUGUGGUCCGGAGGGGCAGCAGCCCCCCACACAAGUCAGCCAAUAGCAGCGCCUCCCCAGGUACCAACAGAGCUGUGAUGGACUUUAGUGCUGUGUUCUUCAGGCUCAACUGGAAGGGGGAAAGUCAGGCUUUCUGGGGGGAUGGUGUCAUGUCUCUGGCUCUGUAUCUCCCACCUGCUGCCUCCAUCUGCCCUGUCGGCCUCUUCCCAACUAGACUCACCAUCACCUGGAAGCAGGGCUCCAGCCACUGGGGUGGGACUUGGGCGUUCAAGUCAUGAACUACAUAUUCUCUCUUUACACUUACAAUCUUGUUCACCACGUGGGCUUGGAACUCCGACUCUGUCACUGAAAGGGGGUGGGGCAGAGUUGAGAGCACAGAACUAGAAAAGAGCUAUCCUUGCCCCCAAAUCUCUGUUGGGAAUAGCAGCAGAAACAAACGAGCCCAGGGAUACUGGAGACUUCUGAUGACUUCUAUGGGGCAGACUUGGAGACCAAACUGGUCCAUAGAAGGGCUUCCCCAAACCUGGUUUGCAACACCCCAAAUCAUCUCCAGGUAGGGGAAGGGCCUUAUGAAAUUCAUAGGCAAAUUUUCAUUGUAAAAAUAAAUGCACUUUGUGACACUU